AUGGACCGACUACCUCAGGAAGUCAUUGACCGCAUCGCGGCGCUGCUUCCCGACGUGAAGCUGCAUGAUGGAAAAGCUCGUAUCCAAGGAUAUCUCGGCCUCGAAAAGUUAAAGUCGGCGCUCGAAAGCCGCCCUGAGCGACGCGCCUAUCUGCGGUCGCUGACGGUGGUCCUCGCCCUCACCACCGACCAUCACCACUGGACAGAACUCGGCGUCAAGGACGACUUUCUGGCUCCCCUCUUUUCCGUUCUCGGCAGCGAUACCCAAAGAGCAGCGGUGGACUUGACACUGCGUUUUGAAGCUGGUCAUCCCGAUCUGCGUCACCGCGCGCGCCAUGGCAUUGUGCUGGUUCGCAACCGCAGCAAUCCACUCGGGGUUGCCGUCUGCGUCCGGAGGUUGGAUUUCACGCUGCCGGUGCCGAAAGCCGAAAGGGACCGACGCAAUGUCCUACAGCUGCAUCUCACGGAUCAGGCGCGCCUCAUUGCGCAUUUCCCCAGCCUGCAGAGCGUGGCGUGGCACUGCGCAGAGUCCGAGUCCCAAGCGGAGCGCGACGCCGCGCGCGAGGGGUUCGCCAACCACAUCGCCGCACAUCUACCUCUGAGACGCCAGAUCACACAGGUCAGCCUGACGCUGAGUGUCGGGCCGCUCGGCGCUCGAAUCUGCGCGCCGAGCAGCGUAGGCGCCGACAGCUACGAGAACCUGUACGCCAAGCUGCGUGUAGCCACGGCGCACGUCACGGACCUGCGCUACGCUGGUGUCGUCGGCCCAUCCUUUUUUCAAGACUCAGACGGCGGCGGCGGCAUGCAGUGGCGGGCGCUGCGCAACCUGACCAUUGGCAUGGCCAUGCUCACGCCCACGGGACAAUUCUACUUUGACCGCGACGUUGGCAUCAAUGCCGGCGGCGAGCUGGACACGCCGCUCGACUGGCGCCACGCCGAAUCUGUGCCGCUGCCGUCACAGCACGCGCUUUGGUUUCGCGCAGAGCCCAACGCGGCCACGAUGACGCCGCUGCUGCGCGCCUUUGCCGAGUUGCUGGAGCGGCUGCCCGCGCUGCAAGGCGCGCAGCUGCUGGCCCGGCGCGAGCCGCUGCCGGGCACGAGGCUGCCGUGGGCGGUGUGCUAUUUCGCGCCGGGCCGCACGAGCAAUGACUGGGUCUGCGGCAGCGAGUUGGACAUUGAGAGGCCGAGGAUCUGGUUCGUGACGGGACGGUGCUGGCCAGCGGACGACCUGGUGCAGGAGUUUCGCAGUGCGGGCAGGAGAGCGGGACAUGGGCAGGAUGCUUCGGUGAUACAUUGGUCUACUUUGGAGGGCCCGGUCCGGAUCGGAUUGUAA